UAGGCGCAUGUUCCGGGCCGUAGGACGCUCGCUGUAGGGCUUUAAAGACUCUUUACGUGGCUACUUGUCGUUUUUUUUUUUAGGGGCGCCGCAGUUUCCGCGUUACGUGCCGCUACGUCUCCUUUAAAGCCGCCGGGCAGCGCAGCCAUGAUCGCCGGGGAUCCCCCUCUCCGAGCCGGACCCGCUGGUCAGCGGUGAAUCAGACACCCAGCGCUCCUUCAUCACUGCGGCUUCAGAGGAGAAGAAAGGAGGCGGAAAAAGCCCCAACAUGUUGAUGCUGCUCCUCCAGUGAGUGGCACCGAGAGAGGGAGGAAAACCAGCCGCCGACAGGCUCUCUCAACCCGGGGGCUGCCUCACCUCAGCCGCUGCGGAUCCCCCCGUUCGCCGUGGAUGACAUUUGCUCGGAAGCGGUCGUGCCUUUUGUUUUCAUUUCGGGAAGAGACGAGCGACAUGCGGAUCCGCGGACGCCUCGGAGCGGAGGUUCUCUCGCUGCCGUGAAAAUGAGGAAGCGGCUGCACGAAGACCCAGAAAAUGGCAAGACGGUCUCGUCGUCCGCGGGCCCGGAUUUCAGUAAAAUGAGAAGGAAAGGAGCGAGUGCGACCGCGGCAUGAUUUCUCGUGUCCCCCCCGCGGAAUGACUGGUGAGACGGCGGAGGAAGAGAAGACGCAGCAUCGAUGAAGACGAUCUGGAACAAGUUUUGAGUCGCUCACAAUGAACACAAACACUUUUCGAUCGUUUCUAUUAUAUUAAAAAGAGGUUAUUUUCGCCUUGGGGAGAUUUUCUAAAUCACCAUUCAUCUAUUUUUUCGCAUUGUAACCAUUUUGAGUUAUUGUUAUCAUUUUUUUUUUGUUGAUAUUUCUGAUCCGGAUCCAGCCCCGACUGCUCAAUGGAAGUAUGUUAUCAGCUGCCGGUUUUGCCUCUAGACAGGCCGGUUCCCCAGCAUGUACUCAGCCGGAGGGGAGCCAUUAGUUUCAGCUCCAGCUCUUCUCUCUUCGGGGCCCCUGAUCCAAGACAGCUGUCACAGAGACGAGGAGCCAUCUCCUAUGACAGCUCUGACCAGACAGCGCUGUACAUUCGUAUGCUAGGAGAUGUGAGAGUGAGAAGUCAGGUUGGAUUUGAACCGGAACGAAGAGGCUCCCAUCCAUACGUGUGCAUCGACUUCCGAACUCUUCACACACGGUUGGAAUCUGGGUCGACGUCGGCCGACUCUGCUCCUGAGAGGAGGGUCCACAGACUGCUCAGCUUCCAGAGGUACCUGCACUCCUCCCGCCUUCUGCGAGGAAUCCCCCAGCAGAUCCCCCUCCACCUGCUCGAUGAAGACUACACCGGCCAGGCCAGAUGCAUGCUGGGAAAGGUCGGGAGCUGGAAUUUUGAUAUUUUCCUCUUAGACAAGUUGACUAACGGAAACGGCCUGAUCACCCUGACCUCCCACCUGCUGAACCAGUAUGGCCUGGUGGAGCUCUUCCAGCUGGACAUGGUCAAACUCUGGAGGUUCCUGGUCAUGGUCCAGGAGGACUACCACAGCGACAACCCCUACCACAACGCUGUGCACGCUGCAGACGUCACGCAGGCCAUGUACUGCUACAUGCAGGAGCCCAAGCUUGCAAAGUCUCUGACCUCCUACGACAUCCUGCUGGGACUGUUAGCAGCCGCCACUCAUGACCUGGACCAUCCUGGGGUCAAUCAGCCUUUCCUCAUCAAGACAGACCACUAUCUAGCUUCACUCUAUAGGAAUACCUCGGUUCUGGAAAGCCACCACUGGAAGUCGGCAGUGGGUCUCCUCAGAGAAACUGGGCUGUUCUCCCACCUGCCUCCUGAGGACAGCCUGAACCUGGAGAGGGACUUGGGCUCCUUAAUCCUGGCCACAGACAUCAGCAGACAGAAUGAGUACUUGUCCAGGUUCCGCUUGCACCUGGACCAGGACAACCUGUGCUUAAGCAAAGCCGGCCACCGACACUUCAUCCUGCAGAUGGGUCUGAAGUGCGCAGACAUCUGUAACCCCUGCAGACCCUGGGCGCUGAGCAAACAGUGGAGUGAGAAAGUGACGCAGGAGUUCUUCCAACAAGGAGACGUUGAGAAGAAGCACAGACUUCUUGUCAGCCCACUUUGCGACAGAGAGAUAAACACAGUUGGAAACAUUCAAAUAGGCUUCAUGACGUAUGUGGCGGAGCCGCUGUUUGCAGAAUGGGCUCGUUUCUCUGACACCCGUCUGUCUCAGACCAUGCUGGGCCACAUGGGGCUGAACAAGGCCAGCUGGAGCGGCCUGCAGCAGGAACAAAGCUCCGUCUCAGAGGAGGCGGAGGCCAGCAAAGCCAGCACCGACGCAGAAGACGCUGCGGCCGCAGGAGGAAGCAGCUCCAAAGAAAUACCUCAGGGAAACAGAAAAUCCUGACACUCCUUGUGUGCCCUUUCACUUCUGCCUCCUGACCCCUGACCCUGGUCUCACGGCCCCAACACACACUGGGAGCCGAGUGGUGCAUCCAACGGCCCACAGACCCAUCCCUGCCCCACCGCUGCCCCACCUGAUCCAUCUCCUUGUUUAUGUUUUGUUGCUUUUGCCUCCCAUCCUGAUAAACCACUGAUUUUAUUUAAUUUAUUUAAUUUUUAAUUCCUCUUUUUGUUUUGGCAUAGAGCAAUACAUAGAUACCUCAUUUGGCUACUGCUGUAUUUUCUGUUUUUUGCUUUGUUUUAUUUAUUUGUCCACUGUAGUUUUGGCAUUACUAACUGAACACACCACUUGUUGUGUCGGUGAACCUUAAAGGGGAAAGCGGUAUACGAACCGAAGACGAAUACUUUUUUCCUGGUAUUUUGAAGUGCCAUUCGAAAAGAAAGAUUUGAAGAAUGUUCUGAACUGAACUGACGGAGGCAACUCGAGUAUUCAGACACGAGACCCUCCUCGGACUUUAGAAUAAUGCCCAGUUGCAUUUGUGUUGAAGAUUCUUCCUCAUGUAAAAAAAAACGAGAAAAAAAGAAAAAUGUGACAAGCCCGGUCCUUUUGCUGCCUCUAUGAAGACUGUUUACGCAUUAGUCCUUAUUCGUUGUUUCUCCCUCGAACUGAAGUGAAUCACGUUGGCUCGACGGUUUGCCUUCGGAAACACGGAUGUGAAGAACCACUCGUUUGAACUGUCAUCCCACUGUUGAAGCCAUGAGCAGAAUCUCACCCGAACGCACACCAGAUGCCAUAAGUAACUCCACCUCCGCUAAAAAUGGGUUCCUGCACUCCGGAGUAAAGAUGGCUACGGAUGUGCAGCGUCGUCUCUGUGACAUCUCCAAGACGUCUUGGAAGGUAUUAAAGAAAUUCGCCCUGUUUUUCUUGUCGUUGAUUUUUAUCUUCCAGUGCUGGUUGAACUCGGAUAGCGUCACUCCCAGACUGGAGAUCUCAAACUUUCUGCACAUGUAUCUCACCUGGAACUCCGCUCAACGCAACUUGACUCGCUCAGGGGUUUUGCCAGUCUCUUAUUAUUAAGAGGGAGAGGAGGAGGAGGAGGGGGAGGAGGAGGAGGAGGGGGAGGAGGUGACUGCGGGAGAUGCAAGGGUUUAUUUCUUGUUUUUGUUUUGUUUGUGUGUUGUUUUUUUGGCUAGGAUCUACUGAAGGAGACUCUUCCUCUCCGCAGAAUGUCUCUCACAGCCACAUGCAACCUUAAGGACUGCUCAAUUGAUGCCUUAUAACUAUGCACAAACUAUGCUAAGUGACCAAACCAACUCCUGUUCCCAUCAAGUGCAUGGUGUGCUUGUCUUUGAAUGCACUGUCCAAUCCCUUGGCCUUUUGUUGUGAGGAACAACUCCAGCUGUCCUUUACUUUCUUCUUCUUCUUCUUCUUUUUGUACGGAAACAAAAUUGGUCGAGUGACUUUGAACAUUCCAUUUCUUUAUGUUUGGUUUGUCUACUUCGAUUCUGUAUAGUGGCACAAAUUGUGUUUGUGUUUGAACAUUUUGAAAGAUAACAGGUGCUUUUCUUACUUUAGCUGAUUUGUAUUUUUGCUGUAAGUGCUGUAAGACUGUUGAUAAAACUGUUUACAAUUUGUUGCGACAGCCAUUUUCGGGAAGACUUCGGUGUCGAGCCAGAUUUUGUAAGAGCUUUGGUGUAUUGACAUUUUUGAUACAUGCCUGUUGCAGUUACAAUUUGAAUAAUAAAACCUGUUGUUGACAAA